AACUUGUGCGUCCUGCACAGCGUAAACAAGUAAGUACCAGUUGAGGGCAGUGUGGCAUUUUACGAAUUGAUCACUUGGCUCGCCACACUGUGAAAACCGCGGCCAAAUCCGACCGCUGCGCGCUGCGCGGGCUCGAAACCGGUGCGCGCGCUGUAAUCGUGCGGUGCCACGCCGCGUUCGUUACGGCACAGCGCAAACGGCGGCACCGCUUCAUAAGACCGCGCUACCACGCGCGUCACGCAUCACGCCGCCGACGCGCAACCGCGAGAGCAACCGCGAGACGCAACCGCGAGACACGACCGCGUCGCCUCGCGCGCAGGCAACCACAGCAGCCAUGGUCGCCACGCGCGCCCGGCGCGCCUCGGGCGAGGGCACGCCCAAGCAGACGGCCACGAAGCGCGUCGCGGCCCGGAGCAAGUCCCCGGCCCCCAAGAAGCCCGCGGCGCGCGCGAAGAGCCCCGCGCCGCGCGGCAAGAAGCCGUCCUCGAAGAAGGGCCAGCGCAAGCCGCCGCCGCCCGUCGGGCUCUAUGACCGGGCCCUGGCGACGUACCCCGUGGCGACGAACGCCGCGCAGGCGGGCCUCAUGUCGUUCGCGUCGGCGCUCGCGUCGCAGUCGCUGGCGGGCAUACCGGUCGACGAAUUGGACUACGAGAAGCCGCUGCAUUUUGGUGCGGUGGCGGCGUUAGUGGUCGCGCCUCUAUCAUUGGUGUUCUUCAACUUCGUCGAGAACCUGAGCGUGCCGGCGAAACUGCUCUUCGAUCUGGUGGUAGGCGGGCCGGUCCUGAACGUGGGCUUCGUGGCGGCGCUCGGGUUGCUGCGGGGGCAGUCGCUGGAGUCGAUCGUCGCGACGGUGUCGUCGGUCGACCAGUUCUGGGUCGCGCUCGUGCUCGCGUCGAACAAGGUCUGGCUGCCGGCGAAGGUGUUCAUGUACGGCUUCCUGCCGGCGCGGUACUGGGGCCUCUGGUGCGCCGUCGUGUCCUUCGUCUGGGGCAUCAUCCUCGCGGUGAUCGUCGUCUGAAUCUCUGCGCGCGUCCUCGACUAAGCUUCGGGCG